GGUAUCACUGCCCAGCUGCUGCUCCCAGGCUUGCAGCACCCUGGCCUAAAUCCUCAAAGGUUCGGGAAGACAAUGUUAAACGCACAGCGUUUAUUUGGGAGUCUGGCUCCAGGACCCGCGAGUUCUUAGCAGGUGGGGCGGCGCUGAUGGCACUCCUGGCCUCCGAGCGGUAGGGGGCGCUGUGCUUCUGUGUGCCCUCUUGGGAACGGGGAGUACCCAGCGCAAACGCACUCAGGACCUCUUCUGCGUCUCCACGUGUGAACUUUCCCGGCAACUUUUUGAGAAAAAUGCCCAAAUUCAAGGCGGCCCGCGGGGCCGGGGGCCAGGAAAAACACGCUCCCCUUGCCGAGCAGAUUCUGGCUGGGGACGCGGUGCGGGCAGGGGCCCGGGAGAAGCGGCGCGGUCGCGGAACCAAAGAGGAGGACGAGGAGUAUGUGGGGCCCCGGCUGACCCGACGGAUUUUGCAUCAAGCGCGGCAGCAGCAGGAGGAGCUCGAGGCCGAGCAUGGGACUGGGAGCCGGCCCGCGGCGCCGCGGGAGCGCAUCACGCGGCUGGGUCCAGGAGUGCCGCAAGAUGGAUCAGAUGACGAGGAUGAAGAGUGGCCCACCCUGGAGAAGGCUGCCACAAUGACAGGGGCGGGCCACCAUGCAGAGGUGGUCGUGGACCCAGAGGAUGAGCGUGCCAUUGAGAUGUUCAUGAAUAAAAACCCUCCUGUCAGGCGUACCCUGGCUGACAUCAUCAUGGAGAAGCUGACUGAGAAGCAGACGGAAGUUGAGACGGUCAUGUCCGAGGUGACAGGAUUCCCUAUGCCCCAACUGGACCCCCGGGUCCUAGAGGUCUACAGAGGAGUCCGGGAGGUGUUAUCCAAGUACCGCAGUGGGAAGCUGCCCAAGGCAUUUAAGAUCAUCCCUGCGCUCUCCAACUGGGAGCAGAUCCUCUAUGUCACAGAGCCUGAGGCCUGGACUGCUGCUGCAAUGUACCAAGCCACAAGGAUUUUCGCAUCUAACCUGAAGGAACGCAUGGCCCAGCGCUUCUACAACCUUGUCCUGCUCCCCCGUGUACGAGAUGAUAUUGCUGAAUACAAACGACUCAAUUUCCACCUCUACAUGGCCCUCAAGAAGGCCCUUUUCAAGCCUGGAGCCUGGUUUAAAGGGAUCCUCAUCCCACUGUGUGAGUCGGGCACCUGUACCCUCCGGGAAGCCAUCAUCGUGGGUAGCAUCAUCACCAAAUGCUCCAUUCCUGUGCUGCACUCCAGUGCGGCCAUGCUGAAAAUUGCCGAGAUGGAUUACAGCGGUGCCAACAGCAUCUUCCUGCGGCUGCUGCUGGAUAAGAAGUACGCACUGCCCUACAGGGUGCUGGACGCUCUGGUCUUCCACUUCCUGGGGUUCCGGACGGAGAAGCGUGAACUGCCCGUGCUCUGGCACCAGUGCCUCCUGACUUUGGCCCAGCGCUAUAAGGCAGACCUGGCCAUGGAGCAGAAAGAGGCCCUCCUGGAACUGCUCCGGCUGCAGCCCCAUCCCCAGCUGUCCCCUGAGAUCAGGCGUGAGCUUCAGAGCGCAGUGCCCAGAGAUGUGGAAGAUGUUCCCAUCACCAUGGACUGAGGAAACAGCCACUCAUCCUGGUCUGAGGGGGUGGGAGGACACCAGGAUCCCAGUUAAGGUGACACUGAGCCUUUACAACUGGGCAGUGAGAGCCCCUGGGCAUCUGGGACUCCCCAGUACCCUACAGGGAGGACUGAGGGUCAGGCAAUUGUUCCUGCUCAGUUCUGGAACCUGUUUGAGCAUUCCCUUUGCCCUGCUGGGGCUUGGAGUACUUUCUCUCAGGCUAUGUCAAGUCACUGGGAUGUGGAUGAAAAGGUGGGUAUUUAUUGAGCGUCUGUGUUUUCUUGUGA